AUGGCUACACCUAUAGGUACCAACACAGGUAACGGCUGUAGGCACACCCAGAGGUACCGCUAUGGCCACUUCCAUAAGGACAGCUGCAGACACCCCUAUAGGUACAGCUAUAGGUACCGCUGUGGCUACGGGCUCAUCCAUAGGCGUGGCUAUAGGUACCACUGUGGGUUUGCCCUAGACCUACGUCUAUGGUCGGCCGCGCUGGACCUGCGAUCGAAGGAGGAGAAGGACGCGGCUGACAAGCGCAUCGAGGCGCUGCGCAAGAAGAACGAGGCCCUCAUCAAACGAUAUCAGGAGAUCGAGGAGGAUCGCAAGAAAGCGGAGCAGGAGGGGGUGGCGGUGACGGCCCUGCGCCGAGCGCGGCCCCCCGACGAUGAGGGUCCCUCCGUCGCUGCCCAGGUCGUGCCCCCCCCGGGGAGAGACGCGCGAAGGACAAAAAGCCGUCGGGCCCCCCUAAAGCCGGGCGCGGCUCGGGGCGGGGGGGCCCGCGUCCGUCUGUCCGUCCCGCGCGGGGGAGCGACCCCCGGCACCGCUGUGGGAGGCGGGGGCCGAUGGGGCGACCCCGGGGGAUCGCGGGGGCCGCAGCCGGCGCUCGAGGGGGCGGGGGGCGGCGGCGGCGGGGGGCGACGGCGGCCCCGAUAGGAAGUCCAAGGAGUGGGAAGAGCGACGGCGGCAAAACAUCGAGAGAUGAACGAGGAGAUGGCGAAAAUCGCGGCCUACGAGCGGAGCCGGCGGGACGGGCUCCCGGACCCCAACCCCGUCCGCAGCUUCCUGGACGACCCCCGCCGCAGCGGCCCCCCGCCCCCGGGGGGCACCGACCGCCGGGAGGGCAGCCGCCGCCACGCCCGCAACUGGGGGGGCGCCGACUUCCGCCAGGUGACGGCGGGGCUGGAGCGCGACAAGACCCCGGGCCGCCCCCGCCCCCCGCCGCGGCGCCCCUCGACAUGACGCUGGCCAUGACGGGCCGGGAACGGCCGAAUACGCCCGCUGGAAGGAGGAGCGGGAGCGCAUCGACCGCGAGCGCCUGGCGCGGCACCGCGAGCCCACCGGCCGCUGGCGGCGGGAGUGGGACGCCGACAAGGCCGACGGCGGGUUUAGGGAGGGUUUGGCGCCUCCGGCGAGCGCCGGGCAGGAAAACGCCCCGUUUCCCCCCCAAACCUCCCUCUCCCGGGGACUUCGUCGCCCCACAUCGCGCCCGGCGGAGGCGGCGAGGCCGGGGCGCCGCCACCCAGCCCUACAGCGCACACGACGACCGCUGGGAGCAGAAGGAGCCGCCGCGUGGGAGCCGCCAGGCGGAGGAAGCACCGAGCGGGCCCCCCCCGGGCCCCCCCAGUUCCCUGAGCCCCGAGGAGGACGACGAUCAAUGGAGGACGUCAGCGAGGAGGAGGAGGAGGAGGAGGAAGGCGGCGGGUCGGGGUCGUCGAGUGAGGCCGAUGCUCCCCGUAGCGCGACCCCCGAAGACCCCGCAGCAGCCCCCGGGCGA